AUGGCGAGUUUCACCGAAGCCCACAUGAGGGCUAUGGACCCAUUCAACACCCUCACAUGCGGCGUGUGCAAGAAGAGGCACACAGACCGCUCCAACCUGCGCCGCCACUUUGAGGAGCAGCACGGCGCCGAAUGGAGAUCCAUCACCGGCAAGGAUCCUCGCCGAUGGCUCUGCUCCUACGAUGACCCUUUCCCUCGUCGCGACUCAAGCGACCGCCACCAGCGCAGCUGCCGCCGAAGCCAGACUACUCUGGCCAGGCUCACGGAUGUUGGUGACCGUGUCCCAGUGCCUUCGUUGGCUCUCCUCGCGUCGCAGGACGAGGAUGAGGAGGAAGAAGAGGACGGCGACCCGGAGUAUCGGGAGCAAGAAGAAGAGUACGACCACGCGACCAAUGUUGCUGUCGGCCAGCAACAACGGCAGCAGCAGCAACAGCAACAGCAACAGCAGCAACAGCCUCGCCCGCCCUCCGCCGCGGUCCCCGCUGCCGACCAGCCGCAGCCUCGCUCCGCCUCCGCCUCGACCCCUGCUGCCCUACAGCAGCAGGCACAGCCUUGCCCGGCCCCUGCCUCCUCAACCUCGGCUGCGUCCGCCAUUCCCGCGCGGCUACAGCAGCUAGCAGCAGCCGGACUGUCCGAAGACGGAGUAGCAGCAGCAGACGACCCAGAGGGAGAGGGCAAUCGAGCUCGAGAGAGCACGGCUGCAAAUGUCGGCGGAGGAGAGAUCACAGAUGAGGAUGCAGCAGCGGCAGCAGCAGCAGCAAGAACAACAAGAGUAGCAACAGCAACAGCAACAACAGCAGCAGCAGCAGCAAGAGCAACCCCGCCCGGCCUCCCCUCAACCAUCGCUGCUCAGCAGCAACAGCAGCAGCAGCAGCAGCAGCCUCGCCCGACCCCCGUCUCGACUGCCGCUGCUCAGCAGCACCAGCAUCAACAACAGCAGCAGUACUGUAACAAAGGCGGGUGA